AUGCAUCUAUUGGCGGCAAAAGUCGCACUCAUCCUGGCCUUCAUCUCGGCUCAGGUCGGUGCUAUCCCAGCCUCGUCUCCUCAAGAACGAGGUGUCGGAUCCGGAUCACACCACGGAGGGGCCGAUCAUCCAUACGGUGGUAAUUGGCAAGGGGGCACCGGCGGGAUGGGGGGUGGACACACAGGCGACAAGGAUGGACAGCACGGCGGUCCAGGAAGAAUGGAUGGAAAUGGAAAAGGGAAUGGAAACCAAGGCGGCGGUGGCUUUCGAGGCAAGCACGGCCCCGGCCCGGACGAGGACGACGAUCUAGCUCGUCGUGACCUGGUUGACGGCGACAAAUUUCGCCACGGACCACCGCCGAGCAAUGGCGGCGGCGGCGGUUUGCAUCGCGGCGGCAUGGAAUACGGUCGCAAGCCGGCAGGUACCGGUCACGGGCCCAUUCCCGAGGAGGAAUUCGACGACGAGGCGCCCGCACACCUGGAUCGUCGACACGAUUACAUCAAGGACCCUCUCGCCGGAUGGAAGUGGUGGCAGAAGCAACCCGCCUACGGCAAGAUCCCCACGGGGAAUCCCAACGCCGGGGUCAUCGACAUGAAGGACGACCCCAUCAUGGACAGGAUCCCGCAGAGGAAGAAGCGAGACGGGGACGAGGAUGCAGCCGGCAGCAACAGCAACGAGAGGCGCUCGUAUCGGCAACAGGAAGAUCGAUUCUCCCCCGAUCGCACGCCUCCCGAGCCACUCGACCACACUUUCUGGCGAGACUUCAAGAACGCUAAGCCUGGGAAGAUGAUUCCCAAGGAACACUAA